UGAUCUCUAGUACAUAAGUUGAUCCGCGUCUACUUACAUAAAUAUUUGAACCAAACAAGGUUCCGCCAGUACGCAAGACAUUGCCGUUUAGUUAGUUUGUAGUUUUUUCGUAUUACGAAUUUCAAAAAUGUACAAGUUCCUUACCUUGGCCGCUGCUGCCGUUUUGGCGUUCUUCGCUGCAAAUGUCGCCUCCCAAAGUGACCUGCCAGUGACCCAACAGUGCCUUGGCUGUAUUUGUGAAGCCAUUUCUGCCUGUAACACCACCAGCGCAUGCUCAGGUGAUGUAUGUGGUCCGUUCAGAAUCACAUGGGCGUAUUGGGCCGAUGCUGGCAAGCCAACAGUAGGAGGAGAGUCUCCUGAAGCUGCUACUGCCUACAGCAACUGUGCCAGAGACACCUAUUGCUCCGCUCUUGCCGUACAAGGAUAUAUGAGCAAAUUCCAGCAGGACUGUACUGGUGAUGGAAAAAUCGACUGUGAUGAUUUCGCUACCAUCCAUAAAACUGGAGGAUAUGGGUGUAAGGGUGUACCACUCCCAGAACCAUACGGAGAACGUUAUAGACAAUGCAAGCAAAUUGUUGGACAGCUCAGACCUUAAGUUGAUACAUGUUUUCCUACUUUUAAAUUCUUUAAAAAAUAUUCAACUAUUGUAUGAAUUACCAAAUUUACCUUUUUGAUAUUAUAUAAAACAUUCAUUAAAAUUUUUAGUUAUAUCGGGAAUUAACUUUAUAUCCAGUAAAGUAACUGAUGCUGGGAAAUAUAAUAAUAGUAAUAUGCUUUAAUUUAAAUGAUAUAGUCAUAUUAUGCUGUGAGAAUUUUAAAAUAAAAUU